AGUUAGAAAAAAAGACUGCAGGUCAGACAGCGCCUGACUAGGCACAGAUUACGAGAGGUGAGGGAAUGGGGAGUGUAAGGAAGCCGACAAGCCUGGUAGGACUGUUAGAUGUACCGGAAUAUACCGACAGGUGCGUUACGACAACGCAUUUGAAAGAAUCAAUAAAAUAAACGUAGAAGAAAAACAACAGGGUAUCGAGUGACACGACGGAGUUAAUGCGUCGGAAGCUCCGAAAGUUGCCGGAUAUCUUCUAGCGACUUGCCACAUCUGCAGCUGCUGCGCCUGCUCACAUGAACUAGGGCUCUCGCCGCUACCUUGUCGCUUCCCUUCUUGGAUAUGGAGAGGUCUAGUAUGGGUUACGAAUCGACGGUAACGAAGCUAUAUUUACAGACUGUGACAUCGGACUUGCAUAACUCUGGCAUUCGGUACCCUGGAUAAUUAAAAACCUCCUCACAGUAAUGUUGCAUAUAUUUGAAGCAAGCCUCGUCGUUCUAAGUUUCUUUGUCUCGCUGUCUUUGGAUGCCUUUUUGGAUGUGCAGUCCCUCUUAGUUUUGUUUACAUGCAUGCACGCGCUCGCGAGCGCGCCCUUCGAUACUGCUCUCAGACCAACGUUUCUAGCAAUCUGCACAAUGGUAUUACCUUCUCAAUUUAAUAUUAAUCACAUACUUACCUGGAGAAGGAAUCAUUGAUGUCUUACUUGAUUACAAGUCCGAAAUCAGUCGGCCGGACCGUUUGGGGAAAACGCUUUCUCACCCUAUGAAUGAUGUGGAUUCCUGGAGGGGCAGCCCUGCAGCUUUUGGGGAAAGUGUUGAAACACGUAGCAUCUAAAGGUCAUCUGCAACUUCAUCGCUGGUUGCAGCGACCCACCCAUGAAAUAGACGACAGCAGCACUAUGGACGCGGCAGUGGGCAGCAGGUACGACGAGAGGUGCCUCAAGUUAGAGACGAGUAGCGAAGCGAGCGAUCCCAGUGCGUCUUUUCUCUGGGAUCUCAAACACCCAUGCUGCGUGACCACUUGUUGUUACAAAAGCGCUCUGUUGGCCUGCAUUUUGGUGACUGUCUGCUUUUCUUCUGUGGCUUUGGUACGACAGUAUCUGAAAGAUUUACUUCUAUGGCUGGAGAGUCUGGACAGUUUGGUAGGAGCGUUGCUCUUUAUCGUCGGCCUCAUCAUCGUCUCCUUUCCUUGCGGUUGGGGCUACAUUCUGCUCAACGUGGCCGCAGGCUACUUGUACGGUUUUGUUUUGGGGAUGGGGCUGGUAAUGGUGGGUGUUCUGAUAGGCACCUUCAUAGCACACGUGGUGUGUAAGAGACUCCUGACCGAGUGGGUCUUGGCAAAGAUUGAGAGUAACGAGCAACUGAGCGCCGUAAUCCGCGUAGUGGAAGGAGGGAGCGGACUGAAAAUCGUUGCCUUAGCAAGACUUACGCCAAUACCCUUCGGACUCCAGAAUGCUGUGUUUUCGAUCACAGAUGUGUCUUUGCCUAACUACCUUAUGGCUUCAUCCGUUGGACUUCUUCCAACUCAACUGUUAAAUUCCUAUCUUGGGACUACUUUGAGAACAAUGGAGGAUGUAAUUGCAGAGCAAAGCAUCAGUGGUUAUUUCAUUUUUAGUUUCCAGAUAAUCAUCAGUAUAGGCCUGAUGUUUUAUGUUGUCCACCGAGCUCAAGUUGAACUGAAUGCUGCUAUUGUAGCUUGUCAGAUGGAGUUAAAAACAUCCUAUAUGAAUGGUAAUGCACCAGAUCUCCAUGGCUCAUCAUUUUGCAGUAAACGGACUUCAGCAGGAGGAAUAAAUAUAGUUUAACCCUAUUACAAUAUGCUAUUGUAAUGCUGCAUUUCUGUAUUCUAUGGUUUAGAUGUUUUUUUCCAUUAUGGCUAUAUUAAAUGAAUAUACAAAAAGGGCAUUAAAAGUGCAGUUAAACAUGAUGAUUUACAUUAUAGAAAAUACUUAAUUAUUGCCAAACAGUUUGCUUAAGUAUGGUACUUAUUCACAUUGCAAAUGUCAUUUUUUGUGCACUUAUUUAUGAUAGUUCUCAAUGGCAACAAGCCUAGUGGCAAUAAAGGCAGAGCAGGAUUAUUAUCAUUGUUGCAUCAAAGAUAUGUUUGUCUGAUAGUUUACAAUUUAUUUAUGACUCGAACCAUUUUUGUUAUCUUUACAUUUUUAGAAAGCCCUGCAUGUACAAUUUUCAACUUUGUUCUCUGCCCCAUUAGGAGUUGUUUGUGUCACUAUGCAUGUUGCUGUAUUUGCACAAUCAAGGUACAGAAAAAUAAAAAUAUUUUUCAAGAGGCAUCCCAAUUUGUGAGAGGUAAAUAGACUCUAUGCUCUCUAUGGAUGGCAGACUACUUUGAACACAGUGACACUUGUAUGAAGUUUACAGAUGAUUAUCGUUUCUUUGGGAUUUUCUUUUUACAUUUAUUUAUUUUCAGGUUUACAUACUGAUGAAAUAUGUGCUCUCUUCAGAGUACAAGAAAAAAGGUGUUCCUUUCUGAAAGAUGUACAGUUUCUGAGAUAUAAUUAUGUACUAGAUUGAAAGUAUAAUUAGUCCAGCAACUGCUUCAGGGUGAAUCCAGAAAAUAAUCAUUUUAGCAACUGUAUGUGCCUUUACAGAUCGUUUAUUAAUACCCAUUAUAUUUUGUUUGGAUUAAAAAAAAAAUUAUUUUGCUUGUGCAAUACAACUAUACUAAAUCAACAGUUAAUUUAAUGUAAGAUUCACAUGAUUAUCUUAUAGAGUAUGUUCUGAUACAUUGUUGCAUAAAACCAGGACCUAGUCACUUUUUAGUCUCCAAUUGCAGGUGGCUCAGUUUGUUGCUGGAGUAAAUAAUAACCUGUUGUACAUUUAAAAUAAUACUUCAUAGGUCUCCGUUUAUCACUGUUGUGGUGUGUACAUGUUCUGCUUUGAUCACUAUGCUAUGGAAAAUAAGUGAAAAAUGUUUUUUUUGUUUUUUUUUCAGCAAUGAAGUAAAUUUUUUUGUGAUCAGGGACACUGACCACAUUUAAAACACAAGCUGUAAUUCAAGGAAUUUUUUGCGUUAUGUUUUCUCAUUGUGUUGAAAAUAAGACUUUACACUUCAUGUUAAAAUAAAAAAAUAUAUUUUGUAAUUACUGUACAUUUUGCUGCCUGUUGUCACUUGUUUAAGAUUCUGAUGGUGAGAAAAAAUUGUGCUGGAUUGCCUUAAUAUUCCCUUUUAAAUGUGUAAGUUUUUAUACUGUAUAAAACUUGAUUCCGAGAGUUGAUUUUUAACAAGCAACCCAAGACCGGAUUUAUCAAGAAAAGUCUAAUAUACAGUAUCUGCAUCAAUACUAUUUUUGAACAUACACUAUCACACACUAACUAAAAGUUUGAACAUUUACAUAAAAUUAUAAACUUUGGUUAGCAUUCUGUUAAAUUACUUUUCAUUCCUUUAUUUUUUUGGUGAGAUAAUUGCUUGUACUGUUUUGUGCAACCUGCUGCUUUUUGAAGAGUUGGUAAAAUGUGUACUUUUCAAAUCUGUAAUGCUGCCUAAAAAAAGAACAAAUUAAGAUGAGAUCAGUAGCAUUUUAUUCUGUUGAGGUGAGCUUGUGUUCUGCAUGUAUAUUUUGUGACAGGGAGUCGGCAGAGGUAAGGAACAUUUUGGCAAAAGUGCACACAAUAUCUGUAACUACUUAAUCAAAUUCAUAGCAUGUGGUUAAGUAACAUUUCUUUCAAAUUGAAUGUUUCCAAUAGGUGCUUAUUGUUUAAAAAAAUGAUAAUUGUCAAUUGCAUACUUUCAGAUUUAUUUUAGCAAGAAAAUUUCAGCAGAGCAAAGAUAAGUUUCCUCAGGGUUUUUUUCCCACAUAUCAUGGAAGAGAAUAUUUUUUAAUUCAUAUUUAAUCUUUUUAUUUUAUAUAGCACAAGUCUUACCAUAAAUUGGCACAAUGUUCUAUACAGAACACAAAAUAUUACUGCAUCAGACUGAAAACCCACGAGAGUUCCUAAUGUUUUAUGAAACUUAUUAAAUUAAAUCUCCUCCAGGAUCCAUCAGUGUGUAUUGCUAGAACCAUAACAGAGUAUGUGGUGUUUAUUUGAAAAAGUUUAUUUGAAAAGGCAGGGUAAAUUUUAGGGUUACAGGAAGCUGUUGCCUAUCCUGGCAGCAUCAGGUGUGAGAAAGGAAAAAAAUCCCAGAUGGGGUGGCAACCACUCACACGACACACCGGUGCUUACAGUCUCCUCCAUUUUCAGCUAAGCAAUUUAGAGUCUCUGGUUACCGUAACACACUUUUCAUUGGGUUGUAUGGAGAACUCAAAUGCAUGCAUAUUAAAGGGGUGCAGUUAAAACACACACAAACAAUAUCCACGUGCCUUGAGCGGUCAGACAGGACUGGUGAUACUGCACUGUUGAACUGCUGUGGAAAUAUUUUGCUGUGCUGUCAGAUACAUUCUUUAGAAAAUUUCUUUGAUUCUUAUAAACAUCACUUUGUUUUGUUUUAUGUUUAUUUAAUAUUUUAGAAUCGUGGUCUAAUGGUAGGUUUGAGCAAAAAAAGAAAAAAACAUCUUUAAGUGAACAUGAGAGGCUGGAGUUGGAACUAACUAAUAAGUAAACCCUGCUUCUUAAGUACUGCCGUAUAAAUCUGGUCCUUCUCAGUAUGCAUGGGGAACUGAAUAUACACAUCACUAUGACAUAUGCUUUCAUUUUUGCUUUGUAGCUUGAUUUGCAGGGAUAAAGUUCUGCUCCCUAUGCCACGAAUUGGAUUCAUAAAAUGGAUUGCUGGAUGAAUGGGGCAUGUGUCUAAUAUUUAUGUACUGUAUAGUAUUGCUUGCAUUUUUUUAGUCUAAAUAAUAUUUUUGUUAUGGAUGAUAAAGUGUAGCCAGAGGACCUCUAAAUAAACCUUAAAUGAAUAUGAAAUACACCUUGCCAUACAUUUCAGCAGAAAUUCAUUAAUGUUACGUCCUAUUAAAAUAAAAGGAGUUGAUGUUGUCCAUUUCAUUUUUCGUUUAUCAAAUACAGAUGGAUGGAUUGUAGAAUUCUGUUCCUGAAGCAGAGAACAUUUUAAAAUAUAUUUAAUUAAGGGUUUCAUUGUAAAUGAUUUUUUAUGAAUGUAGACUCUGCAUGUCAUUGAUUUUGCACUUCUCAAAAAGCCUGGGUUUGUUUAAUUAGAGUCUGCAUAUUCUCCUUGGGUUGAUGUGGGCUUUUUCUUCUUACCAUUAGGUUUCUUGAUAACUCAGGGUUGUCUCCUACUUGAUGCAGUCGGGAUGGGCUUCAGCUUCCGUCCCAAGACCACGUGCUGGAAAACCUAGAUUAAAAAAAUAAAUAAAAAAUGGUCAAAAGUGGAAAUUAACAACUUCUAGCUAGACCGUAUAUCAAACAACAUAGAAAGGGUUAGUGUAAAUCAUACAUUUUGUCAGCUACAUAAAUGUCUUUAAAUCAAUUCAAGUACUAUGUUUUUCUGAAGAAAAUUCAUGAAUUGGUUAUGGAUCUAUGUGUGUGAUUAUAGUAUACUUAAAAUACAAAUGCCAAGUACAAGUAGUCAAGUAUACAUUUCUUUGAAAUAUAAAACCUGAUUAAAAACAUUUGAAAAAACAAUAUGCACCUUAAGAAUGUUAGUUACGUUUGUAUCCAUUUUCUUUGCCACUGACACAUUUAAUAAAAUUAUUUUGCAUUAUUUUUUUUUUUCUGCUUUUAAAGUUAUGAUUUAGCAUGCCACUAUUUGAUUAGGUACAGUAUAGUACUGCAUUGCAAAAAGCUUCUGUAAAUAAACAAUAAUUAGCAAAAUAUAUGUUUGAUAUCUGUGUUACUCAGUUUUAGGCAUUCUCCUAAAAUGUAAAAUAAAUUAUUGUAAGCUGUAUAGAAUUAAACCUUAAUGCAGAAUUGUGCUGUUUAAUAUAUCUAUUCAGACGAUGAGGUAAAAGUAUUUUACUAUUGAAAUCCUUGUUGAAAAUAUUGCUUUUUUGUCAUUAUUAUAUUGUAAAUAUAUAUUUUUCUUUUUUGUGAUAAAUACGCAUAUUCAUUUUAAAUCAUUACAUUCUCAAUUGUAGCAAUAACAUUGGAUAUUACUAUAAACUGACUUUUCUUUUGUAAAUUUAGUGUGGAAUGGUAUAUUCUUGAAAUUUUAAUGCCAUCUAAUGGCUUAGCAUCUCUUGAUAUGCAUACAUGUUUUUGAUGUUGCAUUUUUUUUAAGGUUAAUUGAAAUGAAAAAAAGUAAAUGAUGUGAACCCAAGCAGCACUUGUGUUCACUGCCUGCACUGUACAUUUUUCUUGGAGGCAGAAUUCUUGUACAGAACAUGCAAAUUCCUUUUAAAUUUUUACAAGCUUUUUGUUUACACUACCAUUUUCAAAUUUUAAUGGUUUCUUUUCUGUGUAGUUUUAUAUUUUCUACCAGGAAAUGUGUGGAAAACAUUUGCCUCAAUAUACUGAUUAUGUUUAAUGUUAUAUUUAUCAAAUAAACUUAAAUAAAAAAAAUAUUGUUUAUUACUGGGGAGUAUAAAGCCUUUAUUAGAAACAUUGUUGUACUAAUUUAUUUAUUUAAUUUCAGAUACUGUCAUUUAUUCUGACUGCAUUGUUUUGCUUCAUAAGAUUCUUACUGCAAAUAAAAGUGAGAAAAACCACA